CAUGCUUUCACUAGCUCUUGUGCCUGUGUGUUUAAGCAAUCAAAGACGCGUUACAUAUGCGCAGCCGGGCUCGCCAAUCAAAAGCUGCGCUUCAAAAACGCAAAAGGAUUUCAAAAUACUACGUCGCUUUUGGAUAAUAUUAAUUAACAUUAUUGCAGCAUUAACAGUGCACACAAAUUAUUAGCACAGUAUAAUUAUGUUUUAAAUAUAUAUAUAUUUUAUUUUUAUUUAGUACAUAUACACGCAUAUGUAUUAUUUUCACGCUGAAAACCGGAAAGAUCCGGUUGAAACGGUUUUUUUUUUGUAAAGAAAAAGUUCGCCCCCUAGUGUGUUGUUGAGGAACUUGGAGGAAUUUGAGAAUAAUUGGAGAAAAUCUCGAUCCUGCAAUUAUGAACAACCCUAAACUUAAACCCAUACUGCUCAAAAGAUCCACAUCGUCUUCACUGAACCUUCAGGAAAACCUCAAAUUUGGUGAAGCUCCUUUUGAGCUUUUGUCCGAUUUCCUUUGCAGCCUUAACAACCAGAACAAGUCGAACUUGGAGAAUGUUUCAAGUUUAUGUGGGAAGUUUAAAGACAGAAGACUAGUUGAACAUGCAUUCCUUAUUUGUGAGGAAUUUCAACUUGACCCUUUAGUGGCUUAUCAUGCCAUUGAAAUACUAGAGAGAUUUAUGCUGAAGCACAUUGGGAAUUUAUUAUCCCAGCAGAAGAGUGAGGUGUGUGACGGCAGUGUGUGUGAAGCCAAAGGAACCAACUAUGAAGAGCUGGUCUUUCAGAAUCUGAGGGAAAAAUUCCGUCUCUUCAUUAUUUCGAGUGUGCAAAUCGCCAGCAAAGUGACCCUACAUACCAGUGUGAUCGGCAACAGUUCUGCACUGAGAUACCUUCAUUUGGUUGGUAUUGACUGUCCCAAAGAGAAAAUAUUACAAUCAGAGCUUCUCAUCUUGAAAACUUUGGACUUCAGGGUCAACGUACCAAAUCCUCUGUCAUACGCAGAGACUCUCCUUGAAGUUCUUGGCCACAACGAUCCAACUACACCCGUUGUACACCUGCAUCACCUGUGCAGGUAUGUUCUACAGUUUGUUUACCUGCAGAGGGAGUCAAUCUAUAGCUCAUUACUUAUGGCUGUAACCGGACGUCUCAGCCCCUCUCCAAAUCAAUGGGCAAAGUUUGUGUCCGUGACAGAAGACUGCAUGCUGUUAGGGGUGGGAGUGAUUGCCGUGGCUGCUUUCAUCUACCAAACAUCUGCAUGGGAGAAGGUAGUGGAGGAGCUCACGCUGAUCACCGGCAUCUCAGCAAAAAGCAUCAUGGACUUUGCUCACGUGACCCUCGUGCACAUCACCAAGAACAACGUUUGAUCAGUAGAAGGAAUCUGAAGUAGACUACAUCUUCAAAAUGAUAAAAUGAAUCAUCUCAGUGUUCCAGCAAUGUGUAAAAGGCACAAAGUAUAAAUAUUGUUAGAUAAAAAUGUGAAUAUUUGUUAAACAGAGGUGAUUUCAUGUUUUUCCCUGUUCAGGUUUUUUUGGUGAUUUAUGAUGUUUCACUGCAUUGUCUUGAUUUUCAAUUACAUGCAGAAUAAACA